AGUGGAGUCGCUCCUCAGAAUUUCUGGUUCUCACCCGAAGAUAUUUCUAAUUAAAAAUAAUUCUAAUAAUUAAAAGCUGAACUUGCGGGAACGAGUUCAGGACAUCUCAGCGAUGCGGGGUGAUGAGGCGAGGUUGUUGCUAGGGUUUCCUCCUACUUCUCGCGUAACUUUAUCUCAGAUUAAAGCAGCUUACAAAAGCAAGGCAUGGGAGUACCAUCCUGAUCGCGUUCCAGUUCAGGAAAAACCUGGUGCAGAGUCUAAGUUCAAAUUGAUUUCAGAAGCCUACAAUUUUCUGCUGGAUGGUGCAAGAGGAGAAGGUUCAUCUGCAGCUACAUACACUCGCGUUGUGAGAACUGGAGUUCCAAGCGUGCACAAGGGAAAAAGUAAUGGUGCUUUGAUUGGGAUUCCCUUUCUUUUGAUUGUUGUGGGAACAGUUGGAAUUGGGGCACAUCGUGCUUAUAGGGCCUAUGAAAAGGAAAAACUGGCGCACCCUUCUCACAAUCCCUUUCUUCCUUGAUCUAAACUUCAAGUGGAACUGGUAGAUAUUGGUUGCAUGGAAUAAUUAGUUUGCCAUGUGCAUUAAAGUUCAGUUUGUAAUGCAUUGGUGCAAUUUUAACUACCAUAAAUAUUAGUAAUUGCUGAACUUCUGUGGUGCUGAGUCUGCAGCCCUGAUUCUUGUUUCUUUGUGCAUACUGGCAUUUACUUAUUCAAAAUCUUUACUUGACAUAGUUUUUUCUGCUUCCAUGUGUUAUUGUGGUCUGAUUAUUUGUUAGCCCUGGUUUGCUGCUGCUACAUCACUUCCCAAAUGGCUGACAAGAAGCUGUUGCUGCAGUCCACUGGAUGGGAGCAUAUGCUCAAUCUGCAAGGAAAAACAAGGUAAAAUGCAAUUAUCGUGUGAAAAUUUUCAGGAUGAAGCAACAUUUAGCUAGAAUUUCUGGGGUAGUUACUGUGGAAAUGUUACAGAAAAAAUUAACUUAGAGAGACCACAACUUUCAUGGGUAUGUAAAAUGAAUGGACAGGAUUCACUUUGGUGGUUGGUAUA